ACCAAAUCAUUCAAUAAAUUUCGACCGACUUUUGCACAUUUUUUAUCCAAUUUACAAUCAUGGCGUGUAACGAAAAUAUAAUUAAAAACAUGGCAAAUGAAAUAACAAGGAAUUGCCAAACACAUAAUGUCCAGGUUGAACAUGAAUUUGUUAUUUAUAUGAUUGAGUUGUUGCUACUGAAUCCGAAAUAUGGGAAGCUGUUUACGAAGACACUGAAUAGGGAUAAUUUGGAGUAUUUUGUCAAUGAAUUUGUUUCUAUGAUGACUGGCGACCAAACAACAAUAAACACCCUCAAAAUGCAAUUCAUCAUCCAGACCAACUACGACAGACUCCCCAACCUCAUCGACAAGCACCUAGACACCAUAGAGACCACCCUACGGCCGCUCGUCGCGGAGAUCCUGGAGGGAGACCCCGAGCAGGGCGAUGAGGCUGAGUUCAAGAAGCUGUUCCGGAAGAUCUCGAUUUAUAUUAUAUUGGCUAGUGGGCUGGGGAAUCCUGGGAUGAUUAUGACCUUGAAAGAAGGUAUAGCAGCGCUAGAGAGCGUGUUCUCUCUAGAAGACUUGCAACUGUUCGUGGCACUGCCUCGCUCGGAGAAGAAAGAACAGCUAACAGAGCUGCUAGCCAUCGUGUCUGGCGUCCGGCUCUUUAACAGAGACUGCAAGAAGGGCGGCGACCAGAUACCGGACCUGCCUUUCAACCUAGUGGACGCCGGCAGAGCCUGCCUCGCGGCCCUAUCCAAUUCGCUAAUCGGGAUUAUGCAGCGAGUGAAUACUCUCACAGCCGCCAUUGAAGAUACCGUGGCGGUUGAGAGUGAGACAGGGAACGUGAUGAUUAAGUUACCAGAUAACACGCAACUCUCUUUAGAGAACUACCGACACAUAUUCAACCUCCUCGCCUUCAACCGUCAACACGAAGUGAUAAUCCGAAGGUUGCUCAGCGACGUGGAACUGAUGGUGUCCAACGCCAACCUGUACGUGGAGCGAGUGAGGGAAGCCCUGGAGAACCUGCAUGCUGCCGUCAAAUAUAAGGCGGCUGUCCCGGUUGCUGUGGUUUUCCCGCUAUUCGGCCGUCUCUGGCACACGUGGCGCGGCAUGCAGAACAUUAUGUACCUCGUCUCCACCGUGAACCGGCUCAUGUCCGCCCUGGCCAACCUUCAGGCCCAGAUGCAGAUGCCUUCGGAUACUCUGGACGUCAUGUUAGCAGGCAAGGAAAUAACGACAGACCAGGAGCGUCUGUCGCGAACCAUCAGCAUUGAGGAGCGACUCAGUAUGGGGUCUUUGAGGUACUACGUGCAAGACUCGCCAUUAACCAGCGAGAAGCAUACUCAGUACCUCGGAUUCUGCGCUCUCUGUCUAUGCGCCGGGGCACUAGUUCCUGGCAACUCGCGUUUCGGUCUCAUCAAACAUGGCGGCCGGCGGUAUGCGUUCUGCUCCGUUAAGAUGGCGACGCAGUUUAGCAAAGAACCGCAACGUUACGUGAACGAGGUCCUGGACUACGCCCGGAAUAACCCUCACGUGAUAAAUCUGCUCAACAUUUGGGAGGCUGUUUACAAUGUGCGAGAUGUGGACAGUCUGGUCGUCAAACGUGUUAAGAAGAUCAAGGUGCAUGAGAAAGAAAUCCAGACGGAGGCGCACCCGAUUCCCGAAUACAUGGAGAAGAACUACCACUGGGACCUGUGGGAGUGGAAGCGGCGCGCAUGCCAAUGGGCGUCAAUAGUGAACUGUCGCACAAAAUCCACCCAAACCAACUACAGCCACCUCCGCUCCGAGAUCCACUGUCAGACCUUUGAGCCCCGGGACAAGUGUUACCAGACCAGGAAAGACACGGGCAUGACUACGGACUUCAGUAACAACUUUAUUUGGGGGCUGAGGGGACAAAUAGGGUACGGACAGCACUGGAUAGACUUUGUUCAGAAGAGUCAUCCGGAGAAAUUAAAAGGUGAGAGUUUCUUGUAUCUACUGCCAGAAAAGCAGAAUGUUUCGUGUGUUCUCUGGCUCUCUGGCUGGAAAUCUGACUGUAAAACCUUCGAAUUAAAGACUAGGAAGACUAAAGGACUUCAAUGA